ACUUCACGCUUCUGCGAUUGUCUUUUAUUCUACAGAAUUGUGUUUCAUUGCACAUGUUCAUCGAUUUCUGUUGAAUUUGAAGAAAGUAUUGGUAAUUGAACCGUACAAUGGGUGGUAUAUCAAGCAGAUUCCGUGUUUACAAUUCGGGGCUUAUCAGCACCGACGGAAAAAAUGUUGAAAGUGACAGCAAACGCGAAAAUCCCGGAACAUUGGAUGAGAUACAUAAAAAGACCAAAGAUGUGAUGCCUGUUAACUUUGAAGGUGGAAAGCUGAUGGUAAAUAGAGGGCUCUCCAACCAUUUCCAGAUGUCGCACACCUUCACAAUGAGUUCAGCUCAGAACGGCUACAAGCUGGGCGCCACAUACAUUGGCACCAAGCAGAUUUCCCCCACGGAGGCCUUCCCCGUCAUCCUGGGUGACGUGGACCCCGCAGGGAACGUCAACUUCAGCCUCAUCCACCAGCUCACUCCUGAGAUUCGGCUGAAGGGGGCUGCACAGGUACAAGAAUGCAAGCUGACAGCCACGCAAGGUACCCUGGAGUACAAGGGCUCGGACUACACGCUCGCGAUGGCCGUCGGCAAGCCCGACUUCAACGAGAAGUCUUCUGUAUUCGUUGGACAUUAUCUACAGUCGGUGACGAAGCGCCUGGCGCUGGGCACGGAGCUGGUGUACCAGUCGGGAGCGCGCGUCAUGGGGGGCGAGAUCGCCAUCACCUCCGCCGCCGCGCGGUACACCAUGGACGAUUCUGAAGUGUCAGCAACCCUGAGCACAGCAAACUUGCACUUGUGUUACUUCAAGCAAUGCAGUGAACAAUUACAGGUUGUAGCAGAAAUGGACACCUCAUUCCGAGGGAUGGAGUCGGUGGGCACCAUCGGUUACCAGGUCAACAUACCCAAAGCAGAUCUAGUCUUCAGAGGCAUGGUAGACUCAAAUUGGAACAUAGGAGCAGUCCUUGAAAAGAAACUGCAGCCGCUACCAUUCACAUUCGCGCUGUCCGGCAUGGCGAACCAGGCCAAGCAACAGUUCAAGUUCGGCUGCGGGCUCAUCAUCGGGUAAUCACCGGACCGCCGCGAUCGGUGAUGACUAAGUGCUACUCAAGCUAGUGAUCAGUGUCCACAUGUGUUAAGUGUUUAAAAGUCUCGAAGAUCGAAGAUUGGAGUUCUGUGGUAUGGUUUUGAUUUUCAAAGGUUAGUGACUGAAUGUUGUUGUAUUGUAUGCCUGUGUCACCAAUAGCACCUAAUUCCUACUAUAGUUGUUUCUCGGUCUCGAAAUUGGCCGGUUUCCCAUAGAUAUUGAUAACAAGAUCCAGUCACUAAGUAAUGUCUGUUUGGGAGAUUUGAUGUAUACUUAUUAUAUUUGCUUUAGGAUAUGAAUGUUAAUAACUCUUGGUAUAUGUCUGAAGUUAAGGCUUAUCCACACAGCGAAUUUCAUUCUCGCAAACCACGCAAGUUUUACGAUCACACAGCGAGUUUACUGAACGCUUUGUGAAUAGACCCUAACUUCAGAGAUAUAAGCAGCAUAUAGAAUUAUGUGUAUGUAGUGUUAAAACUGUAUGAUAUGGUUGUUUCAAAUUUCAGAAAGUUUAAGCACAAGACUAGAUUUAUGUCACCUAUUUUAUCAUCUUAUAAUAUUGCUACACCCAGAACAAUACAAUAUUGUAUGACUGUUAGAGUUAUUCCUAUUAGAAUCUCUACAAAGACACUUACCACCUUACAACUAUCCCACUGCUGGCCUAACACUCGAAACAAGGAUUGAUCACUGCUUGUUGGUGAUAUUACAUUAAAGACCAGGACUCCUCACAAUGCUGUCUCUCACCAACUCAUAAUAUGAAUGAAACACUUCUUGUAAUAUUUAAUAAAUGUAUUUAGGGCAAUAUUAAUUAUUUAUAAUGUGUCAUUAUACUAUUAAUGCAUCUUCUAAAUGUGCGUAUAUUUCUUGGAAACACUAACCACUAGCUUGAAAGUGUCAAAUAAUUUUAAUUUUAGUCAAGUUAUUGACUUGGUGUUAGGCAAAUUGUGUUUUGGACUUUCAUUUUGAAUGUGAUCGAUUUUUUCGGACGAAUUUUGAUCGCUUAUCCCUCAUAAGAUAGUCGUCUGCUUUCCGGAGAUAAAAAGCAUCGCUCAUGUAUACUAUUUAAUGUCUCAGGUAAGUAAGAAUAACUUACUUUUAUAAGUUUGACUAGUUUUACUUAGUUGCGUUCGCAAUUUAGAUUUAUUUUGAGUAAUUUGAAAUAUUGCAUAAGUACUUUUAGAUUGGUUAGACCUGUGUCUCGAAUGUAUUAUUUUCAAGUUAAAAUCCAUUGUUAACGAAAACAUGAACCUAAAAAAUGCAAGUCCAAAAUGUAGAUUUUAAAAUGUAUGAUUAUGAUUCCUAAAUAAUUAAUGAUAUCACAAGUUAUUGUGUGGAUGAACUGUAACUGAGCCGACACUGUGUAUAUGACUACUUUAUGGUAUACAUUGUAUUAAUUGUUCUUUUUUCUUACGUUUUACGUAUUUUUUUCUUUGUUUUAAUAACGCUAUUCUGUUCUGCUGAAACACCAGAAUCGCAUUUAUGACAUUUACUCACUCUAAGGAGGGAUUAUUUAUAUUUAGACCAAAUGAAAAUAAAAUGGAACAUGUAGGGCCAUUUCCUAACUAUCCUAUACUGCCAGCGGGACUGUGUCUCUUAUGCUUAUUACUAUGAAAUAUAUGUAGUUUGUUUAUCUUUUUAUGUGAUUAUAUUCAUAGUUUAUUUUAUUUUUAACAUAUGUGUAGCAUUUACAUUUGUGAGGUGUAGUUAUUAAACUGUAACUAAUCUAAGGCAACUGUGUGUUGUGACUUCGACGUUGAAAGACAGAUAUUGUUCAGGCAUAAACCUUCCUUAGAGUGAGUAGCUUCUACCGGGACCCCUGAACACUCCCUACCGUCCCAGUUUAAUCUCCCACUUGCCUACUUCCUGCGGGGUGCCUGGCACAAGCCUGUGUCAAAUAUUCGCUGCCAUCGCUACGGCGUUCGAACACACACCCACGACAAAAACGUCCUAUUUUUUAUAUUAUAUAGUCUUAAUCUUUUUAAACGUUUUUUCGUGCUAGGCAAAGCUGACCAAAUAUUCCACUUUAAUGAUCUGAAUGAUCUAAAAUAAAUAGUCGCGAGGCAGUUUUGUCGCGGGUGUGCGCUCGCCCUUAUGUAUGAGUGUAGAUAGAUUAUGGCAUACUGUACAAUGUACAUAGCGCCUGUUGUUAAAAUGUUUAUUUUUAAUAGAGUUAUGUUAAUAAAUCAA